AAAAAGAGCGUCGAACAACCUGGUGCAGUGCGACACCGGAGAAGAAAACUCGCCGCUGUAAAUGUUGUAUCGUUUUAAAACCGUAUAAAACACAACGUAGUGUUUUAAUAACACGUUCUAGUCGGUUAAAAAAACACGCAAACAUCCUAGUUUGUAUUUUAUACUCGCCGGCUGAAGCUAAUGCUGCCUUCAGGGACUGUCUGAAUUUGUCAGGUUAUUGAUAGAAAUUACUUUUCACUUUGAAUGAAACAAGUAGAAUUUUUAGUUGAUGUUUAUAGUUAAUUCCGGAAUCGUUGUGUGACAAGUAACUGCGUCACAUUUAGAGGAAUUCUAUUGUAAUCGAGUUGGUUAAAAUAAAAAUUCCGCAAACAUACGUACUCGGUGAGCUCGAUUUUAUGCUAGCUGGCUGAAGCUAGUGCUGCCUUCACGGACUGUCGGAAUUUAUCUGGUUGUGGAUAGAAUUGAACGACUUUUCACUCCCACGUUGAAUAAAUUUAGCAAAUGUUUUACGCGGCAACAUUUUACAAUCAACCAUGACAUCGUUAUGUGAUGUGACAAGUCCCAUUUUUGAGGAGAACACUUUAAAAGCUGUGCUCUUAAAUACAAGUCGGCAUUAUUUAAAUAAAUAAAUAAAUAAAUAAAUAAUGCUAGCCGAAUGAAGCGACGGCUGCCUUCAAGGACUGUCGGAAUUUGUCGUGGACGGGAUUGAACGACUUGUCCACUUUGAGUUAAAUAAGCGUAUUUUCUUCUCACGGUGAACAUCGUCAUCGUUAAGUGCCAAGUACUGUGUCACUCUAUGAAGGAAAAAACACACCCGUUUGUAGUUUCGUAGUACCAACGACGCGACUCGGGAAUCUAGCUCUUGUGCUAGCUCACUGAAGCUAAUGCCACUUUCAGGGACUGUCGGAACUUGUCAGGUUGUGGGUAAAAUUGACCUAUUUCUCCACUUAAUCAUAGACGAUCAUAUUUGUACGAGGUCUACACUUUAAUGGUAAUCCUAAUUUCAAAUAAUUUCAAAUAAUAAUCAAAUUCAGAUUCAAAGAAGGAAGGACCGCAAAAAUGGACUGGAUGCGUCAUCAUACGCCGUUGUGACGCAUGUUGGGGCGAAUUUACGAGGGGGUUCCUGAAGGCAUCGCCACCUGUCCCGCAAAGUUAGCUACCAGCGGUAGCAACAUAGCAACAGUGAGAGCAGCGUCAUCAUCGUCGUUCAGGACACAAUGACAGACAAAAGCUGAGUUUACUGUCGCAGAGGACGAGGAGGAACAUCUCCCACCACAGAGAAAGACGAGAUGAGCCGCUUCUGCUCCGACAACAACAACUUCCCCUACGACAACAACGUGCUGGUGCUGGACAUGGUGCUGGGCUCUCUGUGGGGGGUUCCUCAGCCUAUAAACUGGGACAAUGUCUCCAAACUGGUUCCAGGAUUCACUUCCAAGGAGUGUGCCCGUCGCUUUGAGGAGCUGAAGAACAUGGGGGGAAACCCUCUGGUGGACGACCAGUGCAACUCCCUGACUGAGGGAAGUACGCCCCCUACAGACAGCCUGUCCACACUGCCGGACACUCGGGACGUGGUGGACACGGGCAGCACUCAGAGCCCCAUCAAAGUAACAAGUUCUAAAUCAGGAAGAGUUGGUUCUGUGGAGAAGAAAGAGAAGAGAGUCUCAUUAGAGGAGGAAGAACGACCUCAGAAGCCACGAGAUCCCAACAUGGUGAUCCACGUGUGUGACGAGACCAAGAACCUGAAGCAGGACUUCACGUGUCCCAGAGACCUCCUUGUCAAGGAGAUGCGUUACUUUGCCGAGUAUCUGUCGGUGGAUCCUCAGCGGUGGGAGGAGGUGGACAUCUCCGUCCACUGCGACGUGCAGAUCUUUGACUGGCUCAUGAACUACGUCAGGAGGAACUCUGUGACAGAGAGAAACAAGGACAAACCGCGGCUCGAGCCCAGCAAUGUCAUCUCAAUCCUGAUCUCCUCCGAGUUCUUGAAGAUGGAUACGUUAGUGGACGAGUGUAUUCAGUACUGUCACAAACACAUGAGCGCCAUCGUGGCCACGCCCUGCAACAUGAACUGCAUCAACAGCAACUUAGCGUCGCGCGUCGCCGAGCUCUUCAACCACAACGAGGCCGACGACAUCCGCGACAAGAAGGACAAGUUCAAGAGUAAAUUGUUCCAGAAGAAAAUCGAGUGUUUGUUCGAUCCCGCCCACCAGAGCAGAGACUCACCUGGAGACGCUUCCACCCUCUACAGGUGUGGUUUGUGUCUGAAGAUGUUGACCAGAGACACAGAGAGGAAGAUUUCAUGUGUUCCAGGCAAAAUCAACAUCGACGCACACGGAGACAUCAUUUACACUCACAGCAGGCAGAAGAGCUGGGAUGUCCAUGAAUACAUCACUGGACUCUAUGAGGAGCUCAAGUCCUGGGUCCUGGUUUACUGGAGAAUCUGGGGAACCAUCAACUACCUCACCUGCUCUCGCUGCCAACAGGUGUUUGUGUGUGCAGAGCUCACCCACUGUAAGUACCACCCUGACAGCGUUGUGUAUCCAAGCCUCGGCGCUGAGAAAGGACUUCAUGGAGCAGGAAAGUUCCCCUGCUGUAACCAGAGGGUUCUACGCUUCGACCCUACUGGUAUCCCCAAGGGCUGUAAGACACGAGACCACAUCGUGAACGUUCCUGACGAGGACUCGUCUGACGAGGUCUCCUCGGCUCACACUCGAGUCCUCAAUGACCUGCUGCUGCACAGAGACGCCGUGUGUGUGUCCUCUGCUGCUGCUGCUGCUGCUGCUGCUGCUGCUGAGGACAGUCCAGUCAGUGCAGAGAAGCUUCAGGACUGUGACGUCCUCCUGGAGCCCACGCUCCUCGGUCCUGUGAGAGGAGACGGCAGCACGUUUUCCCUGCUGAAAAACUGGAGUCUGCAGCUGAUGAAGAUGAUGGUCUGCUUUCAGAGACAACAGGCUCUUCUCUCUGAGGACGAGGAGUACACCACGGGGUCAGAGGUCACUGAGGACGAGGUCGGCGAUGAAGAGGAGUUGACCAAGAAACAAGCUGCAAAAAAAGCCAAGAGAGCAAACAGACCUUUGAAAAAACAAAUGUCUUCUCCAAACUUCCACCGCAAAGACAAAGCAGAGAAAUCACAGUCCAGAGACAACACACCUUUCACUGUGAGUGUCCAGAAGAGUAAGUGGGACAGCUCUCGCUCUAUGCGCUACAACCAGGACGCUCAGAGAGAGGAAGACCAGCGUCGCAUGGUGGAGAUCGUGGGUUAUCUGACCAGGAUGAGGUUUGGAGACGACGAACAGAACAAGUCCAGGGACACUAAAGAGCCUGCAGGAGGACUCUUUUCCAGACUUGAAGUUCAGUUCAAAAGUUCUUCUCAAGUCAAACAAACAGAGAAAACACCCAGAUCUAAAAUCCGUUACGCUCAAAUCAAGACGACGUAAAGAAAAACAAGGACGAGCUGAGACUGAAGAGGAAGAGACCGUCCCUCCUCUUCCUCGCUCCCUCCUCUACGUCGUCUUCGCUGAAACACAGGUGACAACUGUCACGAAAUCACCACUGACUGCGUCAUCGUCGUCUUUCUCUCAGAUUGACCUUUUUUUCUUUUUUCUGCUGCUGCGUCAAAACGAGGAAAAUCUCUGCAUCUGUUGAGAUUUUACACACUUUUCACUGAACUCUUCUCCUGAAGACGGACAAGUGGAAAAAAAACACGCAAGAAACGCCUGAAUUAUUUUCUCAAGAUGAGAUUUUUCAGAGGAACUAUGAACUGGACCUGCACGACACAUCGUCACGGCAACAGGUUAACAUUUAACUCUUAAUUUUAGAUUCUUUGUUUGCAAUUCAUUCAUUACUGAGUGUGAUCAUGAAGCUUUUGUAGUUAAAUGCUCUACAGCGCCCUCUAUGUUCAAAUAAAUGAUGAUUUACUGUCA